AGUAAACACGGAAGUUAAUACAGUAGGCUAUGGAUGUUUUAAACUGGUGGAAAUAGCCAACACCUAUCUGCAAACAGUUAAUUCUCCUGUAAGAAUCCCGAAACAAGAUGCCCAAGUUUGAGGAGCUAGAAGCCCAUUCAUCCUGCCAUGUCCACUGCCCCUCCACUCUUAUAACUCCUGUCCCCGGCGACCUGAUUGCCAAAAGAUACAGCAUCCUACAGAGAUUGGGCAGAGGGAGUUUUAGCACUGUUUACCUCGUUCAAGACACUAGAGCAAGGGAUGGGGAGAAACUUAAGGUGCUGAAGGAGAUCCCUCUGGGGGACCUGCGUCCUAACGAGACAGUCCAGGCAUCCCAGGAGGCUCAGCUCCUGUCCCAGCUCCACCACCCAGCAAUCAUCACUUUCUACAGCAGCUUUCUGCAUAGAGACUCCUUCUGCAUCAUCACUGAGUACUGUGAGGACAGGGACUUGGACUGUCAUCUGGAGGAAGUGAGAGAAGCAGGGCAGAGCUUGCCUGAGACCCAGGUCACUGAUUGGCUGAUCCAGCUGCUGCUUGGACUCCACUACAUGCAUAACAGGCGCAUCCUCCACAGAGAUCUGAAGGCCAAAAAUAUCUUCCUGAAAAGGAACAUAGUUAAAAUCGGUGAUUUUGGGGUGUCCUGUCUGCUGAUGGGGUCAUGUGACCUGGCCACCACCUUCACGGGCACGCCUUACUACAUGAGCCCUGAAGUCCUGAACCACCACGGUUACGACUCCAAGUCUGAUAUCUGGGCCAUAGGCUGUAUCCUGUAUGAGAUGUGUUGCCUGUCACACGCCUUUGAAGGACACAACUUCUUGUCAGUUGUGAUGAAGAUAGUGGAGGGAGAAACCCCCAGACUGACAGGCAGAUACUCUCUGGAGCUCAACACACUCAUGCAAAGGAUGCUGGAGAAAACCCCGUCAUCCAGGCUCUCUGCUGCAGAAGCUCUGAAGACAAAAUUCAUUGAGGACAGUAUGCAGAUCUUAAAACACAAGUUCUGUAGUCUGACACUGAGAGACAAGACAUCGGUGGGAGAAAGAGACGCAGCACAGAUAUUGAAAGCGGUGCAGAGAAAGGUGCACCUUCAGACACUGAGGGAGAAGUCAGAGCUAGACAGAAUGACCCCCAGGGAGAGAAUGAGGCUGAGGAAGCUGCAGGCUGCUGACGACAAGGCCAGGAGGCUUAGGAGACUUGCUGAGGAGAAAUACCAGGAAAACCACUUCCGAAUGCAGGAGCUGAGGAGCCGCCAUUUUGAGAAAGUCAGUUUGGACGUCUUGAAUGAGAGUGCAGGAGAUGCAGUCCACCAGACUGCACCAAUCACAGCUGAGGACUACCGGUCGCUGGGUUGCUCACAACCAAUGGGAAGGCAGCAGCAGGACAAGAUGCGAAUGUCUGAGCCAGUAGGGUGUGAGAUCCCAGAGGACCCUCAGACUGCAGAGGUGUAUUAUUACAUGGAUGGAUUUGAGUCCUGCACUGAUGAAGAGGAGGAGGAAAGAGAGGAAGGGGACACCGUGACCUCAGAAACCCUCUGUCAUACCUAUGGACAGGACAGCGACCUGGAGGCCAUGAUGAGACACAUGGAGCAGGUUCUGGAAGGAGAGCUCAGCGUGGCUGAAGCAGUGCCAGAAGAGGGCCAGUGGGUCCCCAUGGGGCCUCCAGUCAUCAACAGCACCAUGGCUGAGACAAGGAUUCAGCGCAUGACUGAGUCAGUGUCCCGUCGGCUGGGUCUAACCGUCUUCCAGAGGGUGUAUACCUACCUGAAGGGAGCCAGGGAGAGGCAGGAGGAUGAGGGGAGCAUCAGACAGGCCCUCAGCAGCCUGGUGGAGAGGCCCAGUGAUGGCUUUGAAGUGGACCAACUGCUGUACUACGAAGAGCAGCUCCAGGGAGCCAGAGAGGGAGCCAGAGAGGGAGCCGGAGAGGGAGCCGGAGAGGGAGCCGGAGAGGGAGCCGGAGAGGGAGCCGGAGAGGGAGCCCGGUGAAAAACAUGUCUGACACUGACUAACCUGCGAUCAUGUUGCCUAUCCAAGCAUUUCAGAAAGAGCACAUCUUGUUGCUCUCCAGGACCAGGGUUGGUGACCUAGUAGAUCAACAGAGAUGACAGACAGUUACUUCAUGAUAGACCAGGGUUGGUGACCUAGUAGAUCAACAGAGAUGAGAGACAUUUACUUCAUGAUAGACCAGGGUUGGUGACCUAGUAGAUCAACAGAGAUGAGAGACAUUUACUUCAUGAUAGACCAGGGUUGGUGACCUAGUAGAUCAACAGAGAUGACAGACAUUUACUUCAUGAUAGACCAGGGUUGGUGACCUAGUAGAUCAACAGAGAUGAGAGACAUUUACUUCAUGAUAGACCAGGGUUGGUGACCUAGUAGAUCAACAGAGAUGAGAGACAUUUACUUCAUGAUAGACCAGGGUUGGUGACCUAGUAGAUCAACAGAGAUGAGACAUUUACUUCAUGAUAGACCAGGGUUGGUGACCUAGUAGAUCAACAGAGAUGAGAGACAUUUACUUCAUGAUAGACCAGGGUUGGUGACCUAGUAGAUCAACAGAGAUGACAGACAUUUACUUCAUGAUAGACCAGGGUUGGUGACCUAGUAGAUCAACAGAGAUGACAGACAUUUACUUCAUGAUAGACCAGGGUUGGUGACCUAGUAGAUCAACAGAGAUGACAGACAUUUACUUCAUGAUAGACCAGGGUAGGUGACCUAGUAGAUCAACAGAGAUGAGAGACAUUUACUUCAUGAUAGACCAGGGUUGGUGACCUAGUAGAUCAACAGAGAUGACAGACAUUUACUUCAUGAUAGACCAGGGUUGGUGACCUAGUAGAUCAACAGAGAUGACAGACAUUUACUUCAUGAUAGACCAGGGUUGGUGACCUAGUAGAUCAACAGAGAUGACAGACAUUUACUUCAUGAUAGACCAGGGUUGGUGACCUAGUAGAUCAACAGAGAUGAGAGACAGUUACUUCAUGAUAGACCAGGGUUGGUGACCUAGUAGAUCAACAGAGAUGACAGACAUUUACUUCAUGAUAGACCAGGGUUGAUGACCUAGUAGAUCAACAGAGAUAAGACAUUUACUUCAUGAUAGACCAGGGUUGAUGACCUAGUAGAUCAACAGAGAUAAGACAUUUACUUCAUGAUAGACCAGGGUUGGUGACCUAGUAGAUCAACAGAGAUGAGAGACAUUUACUUCAUGAUAGACCAGGGUUGGUGACCUAGUAGAU